ACAAAACUACACCCUUGCGUUCGUUGUUUAAGAUGCACGAGCAUGCCUUUUAAAGUCUGACAGAAUAUAUGUGUAAGAAAGAAUGAAUGUCAACCCGCAAAGCCUCCGAUCUCUGCAGCGUUUGUGUGGGGCGGGAUGGAGGCGUUUGUCCUCAAUGCAGGGAGGAGCUAUGAAUGUAUUUGACAGGAGCAUGAAGCGGAAACAGAAAAAAUGGUCAUCGUCUUUACCGGACAGCGACAAAUACGAUUACCUGAAAAAUGAGGUGGGCAGCAGAUUGGCAGACAGAAUAUAUGACGUCUCAAGGACUUUUCCUCUGGCUCUAGAUGUGGGAUGUGGGAAGAGUCACAUCGCGGAGUAUUUGAGUAAGGAUGUUAUUGGACGUCUCUUCUUGACAGACAUCUCAGAUUCUUCUUUGAAGAAGAAGAAAGAAUGUGAGAUUCCUACUCACUCUGUUCAGGCAGAUGAGGAGUUCUUGCCCUUUAAAGAAAACACAUUUGACCUGGUGUUCAGCAGCAUGAGUAUGCACUGGAUCAAUGAUCUCCCUGGUGCCUUGAGACAGAUCCAUCAGGUGCUGAAGCCAGAUGGCGUGUUUAUUGGAGCAAUGCUUGGUGGCGAGACGUUGUUCGAACUGCGGUGUUCUCUACAGUUAGCUGAGCUGGAGAGGGAGGGAGGGUUUUCUCCUCAUAUCUCACCCUACACUGCCGUCACCGACCUUGGUAACCUGCUGGGCCAAGCAGGCUUCAACAUGCUCACCGUGGACAUUGAUGAGGUUCAGGUCCAUUAUCCUUGUAUUCUAGAAGUCAUGACUGAUUUACAAGGUAUGGGUGAAAGUAACUGUGCGUGGAACAGAAAGUCACUCUUACACAGGGACACCAUACUGUCAGCAGCUGCCAUUUAUAAAGAAAUGUAUGGCAGUGAAGAUGGGUAUGUUCCAGCUACGUUUCAAAUCCUCUACAUGAUUGGCUGGAAACCUCACGAGUCUCAGGCAAAACCAGCAAAGAGGGGCUCAGCGAAUGUCUCGUUUGAAGAUUUGUCAAAAUUAGGCUAAAUUCAGACCGACUACCAAAAAUCUGAUGUCAAAUCUUCAGACGGAAAGAUGCAUUUAUACCUCAAAUCAGCCCGUCCUGUUUGGAUCUGCUUUACUGAAAUGUACAUGAUUAUACAGAAAUGUUGCAUCAACAAAAUGUAUAUUUGAAAUGCCACUAUACUCGAAAAUAUGAUGCUACACAGUUUGUUAUUUUCUUAAAAAGAAGCAAAUAUUAAAGAGAAAUAGAUUCACACCAUAAGGUUCCUCACAAAUGAUUAUUCAGUUUCAACAAAUAAAAAGUAAACCAAAACAUGAAGUUGAAAUGAAAUGUAACUCCUUUAAAAAUGUAUACAUCAUACUUGCGAUCCCAAGUCCAAAAAACAAAAAUUCACAUUCAUUCUAGUGUGCAUCUACUCCAAAAAUCAAACUGUCUAAUGUUGCACGACAGUCAACUCAUUUACACAAACAUUCUUCAUUCACAUAUGGCUUUAUAGUGUUCAACAUUAAUGUUUUCUCAGGUUACAUAGUCACCCGUGUAUAUUCUACUUAAAAAGCCCUUAAUCUGUGUCAAGGGGCCGUGAGCGGAGUAAAGGAUGAUAAUGGUGACAUCUGUUGUUUCUGGAAGACAUUAGCCUGCAGUACAUGUACGAUUAGAGUUCAUCCCUUUGAGCUUUGACCUCUUAGUGGUUAUAAAACAUGAUGAUUAUACUGUAAAUACAUAACACAACACAAGCAGUUAGGUUACCCUGUCAUUAUUUACCCAUUCCAAACCGUCUUUUAUGACAAGCGAGUAAAUCAUUUUCGCGUGAACGGUUGUAGAUUCUAUAUUUUAGCCAACGAAUCAGAGGCCAGAAUAGAAAACAUAACUUUAGCUGUUUUUGAAUCCAUAGGAAAGCAACGGUGUAUGAACAUGGUGAACUACAAAAUGCUAAUAGCAGCUAAAAGAUUUGCUCGGUUACAGACCCCUUGGUCCCGUGUAAACAUAAGAUGUUUGGAGCAGGUUAUGGCAGCAGUUCCACAUUUCUCAUUCUUAGACACACAUAAAGCUCAGUUACUGCCUACAAGGCACUACACAUUUUUUUUACAUAGCCCCCUCUCUUUCAAGUUAUAAUGUUCAGCUUUCCUGAGUAUGCUUAUGAGCAUCUGGAUGAACCUCAUAUCAUUAAUUCAAAAGAAUUGCUUCUAUAUUAUCACUGUAGUGCAAAAACAAAGACAUGCUUCAUAUCUUCAAAUCUUAGCAAAAUAAAGAAAACAGUUCAAUUGA